UAGACAAGUUAGUGGCGAGACUUGAGCCUGACGAGCGUGGCGGCCGGUUACGGUCCGGGAGGUGGUUUCGAGCACGUCGUCGUCUUCGUCGUUGCCGUCGUUUAUUUUUCGGGACGGUAAAAUAUCGUGGCUUUUUCAUCACCUUGCCACCGUUCGCACGGGAGAAAAGCUGGUAACAAGGCAUAUAACAUCACCGGAUUUCUGGAGUAUUUGGAAACAGAGAUAAAGGAGGAACUCCGCAAGCAUGGUUAGCGCAACCGAACCUCCAGCCACGGAGCUGGAAACUUUUCUCCCCCAGGAUGGUUCAGCAAUAAAAGAUGGCGCCUUGACCGGCAAGUAUAAAGUACAAGUGGUGCCAGCGCGAGAUGUCGAAGCCACCGGACAGCCAGGCGACAAAGGAUUCGAUCCUUUCAAAGAACGCGAGAACCCGAAUCCCACGACGAACUGCGACACGCUUACGCAUUUACUGAAGGCAUGUCUUGGCACUGGGAUGUUGAGCAUGCCGUUCGCCUUCAAAAGCGCUGGACUCGUUCUCAGUAUAUUUUUAACAAUAUUCGUCGGUUUCAUUUGCACGUAUUGUGCGUACGUGUACAUCGAAUGCGCCCACAAGUUGUAUUACAGGACUAGAAAAUCCACCAUGUCCUUCCCAGAGGUCGCCCAAAGCGCGUUCACCAACGGUCCACCAUGGGCGAGACCAUACGCCAAGACGAUAAGGGUGAUAAUCGACGUGAGUUUGUUCGCAUCGUAUUUCGGCACGUGCACCGUUUACUCCGUCAUCAUCGCCCAGAACAUAAACCAAGUAAUAGAAGUACACAUGGGAGAGGGACUUCCGGAGCGUGGUAUGAUAGCGAUAUUACUGGUGCCUUUCGUCCUACUGAGUUGGGUACCAAACCUAAAGUACCUCGCGCCGGUUUCCAUGGUGGCGAACGCCUUCAUGGUGGUGGGUCUCGGGAUAACGUUCUACUACUUCGUCGUGAACAUGAAACCAGUCACGGAUUUAAAUAUGGUUCCGACGUCGAUAUGGGAUCUACCGGCAUUCUUCAGCAUCUCGAUAUUCGCGAUAGAAGCUAUAGGUGUUGUGAUGCCGCUUGAGAACAACAUGAAAACGCCCAAGAAGUUUAUCGGUAUUUGCGGAGUUAUGAACCAAGGAAUGUCCGCCGUGACUCUGAUGUACAUCGUCAUCGGUUUUAUGGGAUACGCAGCGUACGGAGACGGAACUGAGGCCAACAUCGUAAAGAAUUUGGAUUCAAAGGACAUCCUUGCUCAAAUUGUCAAAGUACUGAUCGCCCUCGCGGUUUACUGCACAUUCGGACUGCAGUUUUACGUGUGCUUGGAAAUCGCGUGGAACCGUAUAAAGGAACACUUUCUCAAGAGGCCGCAGAUCGCCAAUUACGUUCUUCGCACAGCAUUAGCAAUGGCUGCUGUAUUGGUGGCCGUCGCAAUACCGAAGAUAAUGCCGUUUGUCGGACUGAUCGGCGCCCUGUGCUUCUCCAUAUUGGGGCUCAUCAUGCCACCAAUCGUUGAACUGAUUGUUCGAUGGGACGAAGGAUUUGGCCGAGGGUAUUGGUUGAUUGUUAAAACUAUCCUCGUGGCUACUUUUGGUCUGGUGGUUCUAGUCUUUGGAACUUACACUGCCAUACUAGAUAUCUUCAAGUAAAUUAUUCGUGUAAUUCAUUAAUCGAAUUAUGCGAAGACGCCUUGCCUCGAUUUACACUUUGUUAACUAUUCAUAAUUUCGCGACGCAUAUGUUACACCCGCUUUACCGACGAUUCGUAAAAUUUUUUCUACUAUAUUACUAUCCCGAUUUGUCAGGCUUUCUCAGACACGCUUGUCGUCGGUAAAUGAAUCGUUGAGAAAUCAUAACAUUUUUUUCCUCAUCCGUUGCAGACAUGAAAUUCGGGCGGAAACAGUUGAGUAAUUAGCUUCUAUUUUUAUCGAUUAUUCGUCAGCAACUGUAACGUAAAAAGUAAACGCGCAAUUAAUGAGAAUUUAAAGCCCUUAUUUCAAAUUCAAUUGAAAAACAAAAAAAAAAAAUAAAAAAAAAAAUUAUUCUUAGAUAAAUUUAUCUAAGACAAACCAUAUUUAUAUCAUCAUCUACGGACCAUCGCAUUAUCAUUACAGUCACACCAAAGUCGAAGUAAUCGAUUACUCAUAGAAAAAAUUUAUGUACAUCAUAUUAACGAAAUAUAGUAUUUUUUUUCACCUGUAAUAGGUACUAGGACUGUUCGAUCACACGCGAUCAGUUAUGCGAAUAAUUCUAAACGAAUCAUUAGAUUAGAAAUUGCAUCUAUUUUUGUAAUAGGAAGUUGAAUAAAUAAAUUAUUAUUAUUAGGCGAAAAACAGGGGGAAAAAUGGAGUAGAAGGUGAAUCAUUGACGAUUAGAUGAAUAAUAUUAUCGGUACUAAUCCGAGGUUGUACAAGGAAAAUAGAAGAGACAAUCCUAAGACUCAAGAAUUUUUGUACGGAUUUGAUUCGAAGUUAUUUUUUAAAUAAUUAAGAUACGAUCUUCUACAAUCGAGUUCACAGAAUGCGAACUGCGAUUUAGUAUAAAAAUUGCAAUAUUGUUAAAUAAUUAACAAACAGUUAUGUUUCGUUU